CAUGCCCCGUUAACUCAUCUCCAAUCCAGCCCCCUACAGACCUCUCUCCCUUGCUCCCCAUUCACUUCUUCUUCCAAGAGAUACACAAAAGAGAUCAGAAAUGACUGACCAGAAACCAGAAGCCACCAAAGUGGCUUCUCAGGUCCCCCAUGACUCCCUCCCCGAGGCCGUCGCCCCACGGCCGCGCCGUAAGAAUAAAUAUGCCUUCGGCUGCGCCAUGCUCGCCUCCAUGACCUCCAUCCUCUUAGGCUAUGACAUCGGCGUGAUGAGUGGCGCUGCAAUAUUCAUCCAGGACGACCUCCACGUGAGUGACACUCAGAUAGAGAUACUCCUCGGAAUCCUCAACCUCUAUUCCCUCGUCGGCUCCCUCGCCGCCGGCCGGACCUCCGACUGGAUCGGCCGCCGCUACACCAUCGUCUUUGCUGCCGUCAUCUUCUUCGUCGGCGCAAUCAUGAUGGGCCUCGCCCCCAACUACGCCUUCCUCAUGGUCGGCCGCUUCGUCGCCGGCGUCGGCGUCGGCUACGCCCUCAUGAUCGCCCCCGUCUACACGGCCGAGGUCGCACCCGCCUCCUCCCGCGGCUUCCUCACCUCCUUCGCGGAGGUCUUCAUCAACUCCGGCAUCCUCCUCGGCUACGUCUCCAACUUCGCCUUCUCCAAGCUCCCGGAGCACCUCGCGUGGCGCCUCAUGCUCGGCGUCGGCGCCGUCCCCUCCGUCUUCCUCGGCGUCGGCGUCCUUGCCAUGCCGGAGUCGCCCCGGUGGCUCGUCAUGCAGGGCCAGCUCGGCUUGGCCAAGAAGGUCCUCGCAAAGACCUCAGACAGCCCGGAAGAAGCCGAGGAACGGCUUCUCGACAUAAAGAAGGUCGCCGGCAUCCCUGCCGACUGCAACGACGACGUGGUCGCGGUCCAGAAGCAGAGCCACGGCGAGGGAGUGUGGAAGGAGCUCUUCCUGAGGCCAACGCCCUCAGUCCGCCGUGUCUUGAUAUCAGCGAUCGGAAUCCACUUCUUCCAGCAGGCCUCCGGUAUCGACUCCGUGGUGCUCUACAGCCCCAAAGUCUUCGAAAAAGCCGGAAUUCAUGACAAAGACACGCUGCUCGGCGCGACGGUGGCGGUCGGAUUCACCAAAACUUUGUUCAUCCUUGUGGCAACCUUCCUGUUAGACCGUGUUGGGCGGCGACCUUUGUUGUUGAGCAGCACAGGAGGGAUGAUAGUGUCGCUGGCCGGGCUUGGGCUUGGGCUCACCGUCGUCGAUCAGCACCCGAAUGGGCACCUCCCGUGGGCCCUCGGGCUCUGCAUCGCAUCGAUAUUGGCCUACGUCGCCUUCUUUUCGAUCGGUCUGGGGCCGAUAACUUGGGUCUAUAGCUCAGAGAUCUUCCCACUGAGGCUAAGAGCACAGGGGGCGAGUGCAGGGGUGGUGGUGAACCGGGUGACAAGUGGUGUGAUCACGAUGACCUUUAUAUCACUCUACAAGGCCAUUACGAUCGGUGGGAGCUUCUUCUUGUAUGCCGGGAUCGCGGCGGCGGCAUGGGUGUUCUUCUUUACUUACUUGAAGGAGACCAGAGGGAAGACUCUAGAGGAGAUGGAGAAUUUGUUUGGAAACAAAACAGAAGAGAAGGACGGAGAAGUUCAGAUGACGAAUGGAGCUGGGGGAGGGAGUAAUGGGAACGCUUGAUAACUUUCGGGUGUUUUCUGCAAAAUUAUCAGACGUGGAGAUUCUCUAACGAGGCCCACGAGGCAUGCGGUAGGGUGGCGAACCAAGGCUUCGGGGUUGAUAGGGAUAGGAAAACGUUUUCUUUUUUACUUUAAGGGAAAGUAAACAAAUUGCAUAAUUAUUGGAAGUCUUGUUUGGUGGAUCCGUCAUGGAUGUCGCGUUCCAACUCCAUUUGAUUGAAAGGAAUUAAAUAAAAGAUUGGAUCCGAGAAGGAUAUUUGAAUAUUUCGCCGUCAACCAAGCAAACACUGGAAUUCUAUCGUGUUUAUGGAUCUUUUGUGAGCAAGUGGCUUUGUUAGAAAUUUCCUCAGCUUGGCCAGCCAAAUUAUUUUAUGGUGUCCACCGAGGAGUUGUCUUUCGUCUUUUUGUCCUUUCUUGGCUUUCUCUCAUCAUCAACAUCGGUGUUAACCUUGAAGUGGACGUGGUUUCUAAUGCCAGGACGAGUAGCGGAAUUGUUACUUUUCUAGCUAUUUGUCAUCUCAAAGCAUCGUCAGGUGCAUAUAAAUUGCGGAAUACAUGGUGUUCGAGAUGCAUGCAUGGUAUGUGGGCACAGGCUUCAUACAUGCUACCUCUCAUUCCUUGUAUCACGGAGAGCACUGUGCAGCUGCUGUUAGCUUAAAUUAAUCGAAUGGUCCGAGAGCAAUGCACUCGGUUUGU